GAGAGAGAGAGAGCAUUGCACGUGGGGUGCUUGAGAUGUGAUAUUCAUAGGAAUUAUGAGCAUUUUAGCUCCAAGUUACAUAUAUCAUUCAGAUACAUACAUCAUACAUGUUCAUGCAACCACCACGCCUAUAACCGUUAUUUUAUUUUUGUUUUUCCUCUUCUCUCUCAGAUUCAAUCUCUGCACCAAAAACCCAUCUGAGUUAUGUGAUCCAAAAUCUCAUUGUGGAUCCACAUUUCCUAUUCUGAUCCAAAACCCACCUAUUUUCUUCCGUUUUCCUGCAUUUUCUUCUGUGUUUGCACUCGUUGUGGAUCAUUUUUGGUCGCUUUUGAUUUCAAAAAAAUGGCGACAAUGGAGAGCUUGAUUGGUCUUGUCAACAAAAUCCAAAGAGCUUGCACCGUCUUAGGUGACUAUGGUGGAGAAGGAAUGUCCCUCUGGGAAGCUCUUCCUUCUGUUGCUGUUGUUGGAGGCCAGAGUUCUGGAAAAUCUUCGGUGUUGGAAAGCGUGGUUGGGAGAGAUUUCUUGCCUCGUGGAUCUGGUAUUGUUACUCGAAGGCCAUUAGUCUUGCAACUUCAUAAAAUAGCGGACGGGCAACAAGAAUAUGCAGAAUUUCUCCAUGCGCCUAGGAAGAAGUUUACUGAUUUUGCUGCUGUGCGUAAGGAGAUCAGUGAUGAGACGGAUCGUAUAACAGGGAAAUCAAAGCAGAUUUCUAAUGUUCCCAUCCACCUGAGUAUAUAUUCUCCAAAUGUUGUAAACUUGACCCUUAUAGAUCUUCCUGGGUUGACAAAGGUUGCUGUAGAGGGACAGCCAGAGAGUAUCGUCGAAGAUAUUGAAAACAUGGUCCGUAGUUAUGUUGAGAAGCCUAACUGCAUUAUAUUGGCUAUAUCUCCUGCUAAUCAAGAUAUUGCCACUUCUGAUGCUAUAAAACUUGGAAGAGAAGUUGAUCCUUCUGGCGAAAGGACAUUUGGAGUGCUAACAAAACUUGAUCUGAUGGACAGGGGAACUAACGCUGUAGAUGUUCUUGAAGGAAGAUCAUACAGACUUCAGCAUCCAUGGGUUGGAAUUGUUAAUCGUUCGCAAGCUGACAUUAACAAGAAUGUUGAUAUGAUGGCUGCUCGCAGAAAGGAGAAAGAGUAUUUUGAAACUAGUCCUGAGUAUGGACACUUGGCACAUAAAAUGGGUUCAGAAUAUCUUGCAAAACUUUUAUCUCAGCAUUUGGAGACUGUCAUCAGGCAGCGCAUACCAAGUAUCGUUGCUUUAAUAAAUAAGACUAUUGAUGAGCUAAAUGCAGAGCUGGAUAAAAUUGGCAGACCAAUUGCUGUAGACUCAGGGGCCCAGCUAUACACUAUUUUAGAAAUGUGUCGUGCAUUUGAUCGUGUGUUUAAGGAACACUUGGACGGAGGGCGACCUGGUGGAGAUCGGAUAUAUGGAGUUUUUGAUCAUCAAUUACCAGCUGCUUUAAAGAAACUCCCCUUUGAUCGUCAUCUCUCAUUGAAAAAUGUCCAGAGAAUUGUUUCAGAAGCAGACGGUUAUCAGCCCCACUUGAUUGCUCCAGAGCAAGGAUACAGAAGACUCAUUGAUGGAUCUAUCGGCUACUUCAAAGGACCAGCUGAAGCCUCCGUGGAUGCUGUGCACCUAGUUUUGAAAGAACUUGUUCGGAAGUCAAUAGCUGCAACUGAGGAACUGAAACGAUUCCCUACACUUCAAACUGACAUAGCAACUGCUGCAAAUGAAGCAUUAGAAAGAUUCCGUGAUGAAAGCAGGAAAACUGUUAACCGGCUGGUGGAGAUGGAAUCUAGCUACCUAACAGUGGAAUUUUUCCGAAAGAUUCAUUUUGAACAAGAUAGAACUCCAGGAGACAGAGACAGAGACAAAGAUAAAGACAAAGACAGAGACAGAGACAGAGACAGAGACAGAGACAGAGAAAGAGAAAGAGAGAGAGAGAGAUAUGAAAGGCAAAUGGGAUCAACUGGGGAUCGUUACUCAGACGCUUAUCUCAAAAAAAUUGGGUCAAAUGUCAUUGCUUAUAUUGGUAUGGUCUGUGAUACACUGAAGAAUACAAUUCCAAAGGCUGUGGUUUACUGUCAAGUUCGAGAGGCCAGGAAAUCACUGCUCAGCAACUUCUAUAUUCAACUUGGGAAGAAAGAGAAGGAAAGGCUAAGUGCAAUGUUGGAUGAAGACCCGGCACUCAUGGAAAGAAGAGAAACCAUAGCUAAACGGCUUGAACUGUAUAAGUCAGCCAAAGAUGAAAUUGAAAAAGUUGCAUGGAAAUAAAUAAAAUGGAGGCAGCAUUGCAUGAGGUUCAUGACAGAAACAAGAAAAAAAGAAGCAAAAAAAAAAAAAAAAAACAAAAA